CUUCUAGCCACCACAGGUAUAUUGAGCGACAAGAGCGACUGUGUUGACACAUUUUUGCCGGAUUUCUACCAUUAUUCAGAAUGACGUGAUUCCAAAGUAGAUAUCUAUCAUUGGAUUCUUUGGAUUCUUGAAAAAAAACAUUUAACAAGAUGGCUUUUGUAUUUUUACGACUACAUCAAAAUAGUGGUGGAACACCAGAUAUCCGCUGAAAGCAUACACAAUGAAGACAACAGAAUGUUUGCCGUGAAGUGCAAUAUAAAUCGGAAUGUGAUAAUUUCACUGAAUUCAAGUGAAGAUGUGUAUAUAUUCCUGUAAAAUUAUAUAUUCUUGUGGAAAUUGUUGAGAACAUUUUUCAGAAAGUGAAUACAACUACACGAUUCCAAUGGGAAAUAUAUGUCGUGGAAAGGAGUCGGACCCAGAUUCGGCAUGGAAACGUCAAAACGAAGAACAGGAGCACAAUCCUAUGUACAAAUAUGUCAACUUUGUCGACGGAGGAAAACUUCUGGCUGCUUACAAUACUGGAGGUACAGCAGCUGUGGAGAAAAUCGCCAAAACAGAAUUACCAGGCUUCUUGUUCAAUGACGGAGAAGGCGGUUACAUUAACAAAUUAGAUAAUAUAAAAUGGCAGCACCGCAUUACGGCAAAACUAACGAACUCAACUGUUUUGGAGACCAAAUCAGAUGAAGAACUUCUUCAAGAAUAUAAAGAGGAUGAUUUCAUCAUAAUUAAUGAACACGAAGCAUGCUGGGACCUGAACAAAAGGGGAGGGGUUGGGGAAACUCCCUUCCACCUCCUCUACCUCAUGAACAAACCAGAAAGUUUAGAGGUUGCCAAAGUUCUACUCGAACUUUAUCCUAAAAUGUCCUUGGAUUUCUAUGAGGGAGAGGAAUACUAUGGUGAAAGUGCCUUACACCUAGCUGUUGUGUAUGGGGAUCUGGAACAGGUCAAACUUCUUAUCGGAUAUGGUGCUAAUGUAAAUGAACGGGCGAUGGGCCGAUUCUUUCUUCCAGAGGAUCAAAAGAAACGUAAAACUAAGGAAACGAAUUAUGAUGGUUAUGCUUAUUAUGGAGAAUAUCCUUUAGCGUUUGCUGCAUGCUUCGGUCAUGAAGACAUCUACGAUUUCCUCAUAGACCAUGGAGCUGACCCUGACCUCCAGGAUUCCUUCGGGAACACAGUGCUACACAUGGUUGUAAUAGCAGACCAAGUAAAUAUGUAUAAAUAUUGUGUGAGACAUCACAAGAAACCAGCCAAGACCUACAUCGAAAACAAUUGCAAGUUAACUCCCCUGACUUUGGCCAGUAAACUUGGGCGACAGAAGAUCUUCAAGGAGAUGUUAGAACUAGGAAGUUUGGAAUUCUGGAGAUACAGUAAUAUCACCUGUUCAGCCUACCCAUUGUUAGCUCUAGACUCUAUCGGUCCAAAAGGAGAAACAAACUGGAAUUCUGCUCUGAUGAUAAUAAUCAAUGGUGACAGAGAUGAACACCUCGACAUGUUAGAGGGGGGUGUGAUGCGACAACUCCUGGAUGAGAAGUGGGAACGAUUUGCCAGGAAACGUUUCUUCCAACGAUUGGUCCUGGCCUUUGUUCACCUAGCUUUGAUCAGCGGGGCAGUAUACACUCGACCUUCCAAGGACUUCCUCGCCUACAAUGAGCCAAAAGAUGCUGCCCGCUUUGUUUGUGAAAUCCUCGUUAUUCUCGGCUGUAUUAUGAUCCUGGCUAUGGAAGUCGUGGAAAUCGGCUCCCAGGGACUUCUAGGAUUCUUAAAAAACUGUCAACAUGCUCCUGCCCAAACACUGUUCAUGAUAUCAUGUGUCCUGAUCCUGCUGUGUAUACCGGUCCGAUUCAUGAAGCAGGAGAUGGCCGAGGAUGUCCUCCUCAUCAUCGCUGUUCCUGGGUCGUGGUUCUUCCUUCUCUUUUUUGCAAGGGGCUAUCUUAUAACUGGACCAAUGAUUGUGAUGACCUAUAAGAUGCUGGGGACAGAUUUCGUCAAAUUUGGUUCUAUAUAUACAAUAUUUAUUGUCCAAUUUUCCAUAGCUUUUUACUUCCUCUUCCAAGGAGCUACCGACAGCCAAGGUUUCAACAACCUUGGAGAUACCAUCAUGACCUUGUUCCAGAUGACCUUGGGGGAGUUCAAGUACCAAGACUUCAACAAUACCAAGUAUGCCUGGCUGACUAAGAUGGUGUUCGCAGUGUUCAUGAUCUUAGUACCGAUCCUUCUCCUCAACAUGUUGAUUGCCAUGAUGGGCAAUACCUAUCAGUUGGUUAUCCAAAAGUCGGAGAAAGAAUGGCGUAAACAGUGGGCCAAAAUUGUUGUUGUACUGGAGAGAAGCUUCUCUAAAAAACAAUUGCUUCAGUUCCAAAAAGAAUACUCUGCCCGUUUGUCUGGCCGACCUGUGGCAGAGCUAGCUGCAUACACUGGCAAGGACGAGGAGGACAGAAGAGCUCUUGUUGUAAUUAAGAGCUCCAACAAGACCAUCGCCAGACGCAAGAAAGCGGCCGUCAUUGCCUGGAAGAAAGCGGGCAAGGAAGUAAUGAAACAAAUGAAACGGCACAAGAAAUUAGGUAUCACCGGCCCACUGCAUCUCACCGAAGUACAUCGUAAACACCGCAUCUCACGACGGGGAUCACAUGAAUCUACCGAUGACAAUGACGAUGAUAAGGGCCACAUGUUUUCAAACAUGCUGCAGCAGCUGGCAUGGGAACAGGACAUUGACUUAACGAAGGGUCAGGCAUUGAUUUCUGACCCGGAUCUUAUUGACAAAGUAACCUCCUCCCCGGAGCAUACAACACAUACCCCACAAAAUCACACUCCAAUAGCAAAUGGACGUCCUCGAAAUCAUACUAAAUAUGUGAAAACUCCUGCUGGAACUCCAAAACAAAGUCCAAAAUCCUCCAACAGGAAGUUUAGUUACAAUCGUGUGUCGCCGCUAUCUAUUGCACAGGUAAUGGCACCACCUACGGAUGAUUCAGAAAGUGAUAUGGACGUGUCAAAAGUACCUGCUCCAAAAAAGAGGGACCACUCUAAGGAAUUGUCAAAACAGUUUAGUCAAAUGAGUAUAACACAAAUUUCUGUACAUGACAAAAGUGAAGAUGUACAGUUCAGAGGCUCUAAGCCACCGACUAAACCACAUAAAUUAUCAUGGGAUGUGCCAAAAUUUGAGAAAAUUCUUAAAACUGACGAUGAAUGUGCAAGCCAGGAUGGUUCUGUUGGGACAAGCACAGGAUCAGCUUCUUCAUCAACUAAAGUGAAAGUGAAGGAAAGUAAAUCAUCAGGGUCAAAGGUCACACGUAGCAGAUCAGUGUCAUCAAAAACGCCGAGGGAUAUGAUUAGGGAGAUGGAGGAACAUUCACAUAAAAAAUCUAAAAAAGAUAAAUCUGUAGAAAAGUCUAUUUCUCGGACGUCAUCUACCACAUCUCUACUGAAUCUUUCUGACUGUAAGGAAAGUGAACUAUAAUGUGAUUUAGUUACGACUGAGCUGUAUUUAUGACUGAGUUGUAUCUGUUGACGACUGAGCUGUAUUUAGUUAUGAGUGAGCUGUAUUUGUAUGAGUGAGCUGUAUUUGUAUGAGUGAGCUAUGUUUGUGAUGAGUUGUAUUUAGUGACGAGUGAGCUGUUUUUGUGGUAAGUAAGUUGUAUUUGUAUGAGGGAGUUGUAUUUUGUUAUUUGUAUUGUAUCGAAAAUGCAAUAUACUGUAUAUAAUAACAGGAAAGUGUUAGGAUCGUGAAUACUAUUUUAAUGAAGAGUUAGUUGUAUGUGGCGAGACCACGAGGAAGAUGAAAUCAAGUUAACUAUGAAGAGAGGAGAGGAAAUCCAGUGUAUUUCGCUUAUGGUAGAUGUAAAGAAAUAGAGUUAUGUUAGUAAUAUGAAACCCUGGGGAUAUCUUGUUAAAAAUUUAAAGAUUGAACAUUUUAAAAUGAAAUCAAAUUGAAACAUUCGUGGAAAGAUUAAUCCAAUACCUACAAUGUGUAUGUAACGAUACCUACCGGUAGCAGGUUUAUAUGACACGGGGAAAAUAAAACAACCCAAGAUAUAUUGUUUUCUAAAUAAUGGCCAAA